AUGAGCCGCCAGUUUAGCUCUCGGUCGGCAUUUAGCUCAAGGAGCAGGAGGGUUUACAGCCUUGGCUCUUCUGCACGCUGUGGUGGUGGGACUCCGGCAGUGUGUCAGGCCCGAGGGAGGUGUGGCGGUGGUGGGUAUGGAAGCCAUGUGAGGGAGUUUGGCUCUCGGAGCCUCUUCAAUCUGGGUGGCAGUAAAAGCAUCUCCGUUAGCCUAGUGGAGAGAAGCUCCAGUGGUUUCCGCCAGGGUGGGGGAGCAGGCGGGGGAUUUGGAGGGGGGGGCGCCUUUGGGGUUGGUAACUUUGGAGGUAGUGGCUAUGGCGGAGGUAGUUUUGGGGGUAUCGGGUUUGGGGGCAGCAAUUUUGGGCUUGGGGGCUUUGGUUCUUCUUGUCCCCUGGGGGGCAUCCAAGAGGUGACCAUUAACCAGAGCCUGUUACAGCCACUUCACCUGGAAGUGGACCCUGAAAUUCAGAGGAUCAAGACCCAGGAGCGGGCGCAGAUCAUGGUUCUCAACAACAAGUUUGCUUCUUUCAUUGACAAGGUGCGAUUGCUGGAGCAGCAGAAUCAGGUGCUACAAAUGAAAUGGGAGCUGCUGCAGCAGAUCAACACAUCGACUCGGACCAACAACCUGGAGCCGGUCUUGGAGAACUACAUCGGCGAGCUGAGGAGGCAGCUGGAGUUUCUCAACGCAGAGCAGAUGCGCCAGAACAUGGAGAUCCUGAGCGCGCAGGAUGCCGUGGAGGACUACAAGAACAAAUACGAGGAAGAAAUCAACCAGAGGACCAACAAUGAGAAUGACUUCGUCAUCCUGAAGAAGGAUGUGGAUGCUGCCUAUAUAAGCAAAGUGGACCUGCAGUCCAAGGCGGAUGUUCUGUCUGGGGAGGUCAAUUUCCUGAAAUACUUAUUUGAGAUGGAGCUGUCUCAGAUGCAGACCCACAUCAGUGACACCAACGUCAUCGUGUCCAUGGACAAUAACCGCUCUCUGGAUCUGGACAGCAUCAUCGACGCUGUGCAGGCCCAGUACGAGAUGAUCGCACGGAAGAGCAAGGAGGAGGCCGAGACGCUGUACCAGAGCAAGUACCAGGAGCUCCAGAUGGUGGCGGGAAGACAUGGAGACAACCUGAAGAAUAACAAGAUGGAGAUUGCAGAGCUCAACCGCACCAUCCAGAGGCUUCAGGCAGAGAUCAGCAAUACCAAGAAGCAGCUUGACCAGAUGCACACAGCCAUUUCGGAUGCAGAGGAGAGAGGACAGCGGGCCCUCCAAGAUGCAGGGCAGAAGCUGCAGGACAUGGAGGAGGCCCUGCAGCAGUCCAAGGAGCACCUGGCCCGGCUGCUGCGUGACUACCAGGCGCUGCUGGGAGCCAAGCUGUCCCUGGACGUGGAGAUCGCCACCUACCGCAGGCUGCUGGAGGGCGAGGAGAGCAGGAUGUCAGGAGAGCUGCAGAGCCUCGUGAGCAUCUCUGUGCAGAACAGCCAGAUGACCAUCAGCGGAGCACAAGGCAGCGGUGGUGGAGGCUCUGGAGGUUACGGUGGCAGCAAUGGCAGCAGCUGGGGCUAUGGUGGUGGCAGCUCCUUUGGGGGUGGUGGGGGUUAUGGAGGGGGUUCCCGAGGGGGCAGUGGAGGUGGUUAUGGGAGCCACAACAGCGGGAACUACGGAGGGAGCAGUAAAGGCAGCAGCAAAUACGGAGGCAGAAGCGGCGGCUCCUCUCGCCUGCAGAUUAUCCAAACCUCUACCAACACCUCCCACAAGCGAAUCGUGGAAUAG